CCUUCAAUUAUCACACACCACUCUCUCUCUCUCUCUCUCUUUCCUCCGUUAUUCUUUUUAAAUUUUAGUAAUGGCCAAGAUCGGUUUGAAACCCGACCCGGUUCCUCCUAACCCGACCCACCACCACAAUAAUGCUAAGGAGAUUCGUUACAGAGGCGUUAGGAAGCGUCCUUGGGGCCGUUAUGCCGCCGAGAUCCGAGAUCCGGGUAAGAAAACCCGGGUCUGGCUUGGUACUUUCGACACCGCCGAGGAGGCCGCGCGUGCUUACGAUUCGGCGGCGCGUGAUUUCCGUGGAGCCAAGGCUAAAACCAAUUUCCCCAAUUUUCUUGAGCUGACUGAGAAGGUUCCCGCCGCCGCCGGCGGCGGCGGAGGUGGCGGCGCUUUCGCGCGUAGUCCUAGCCAGAGCAGCACCCUCGACUGUGCUUCUCCUCCCACGACGGUUGCGCCGGUGACGUCUGGGAAUGUUCCGCCGCAGCUCGAGCUCAGUCUCGGCGGCGGCGCAUGCUACCAGAUCCCGAUGGUGCGUCCAGUCUACUUUUUGGACCUUAUGGGAAUCGGAAACGGAGGUCGUGCUCAGCCUCCGGUGACGGCAGAGUUUAGGUCGUCGGUGGUGCAUGUAGGGACGAAGAUGGCUUGUGGGGCCCAGAGCGACUCUGAUUCGUCUUCGGUCGUUGAUUUUGAAGGUGGGAUGGAGAAAAGAUCUCAGCCGUUAGAUCUAGAUCUAAACUUGCCUCCUCCAUCGGAACAGGACUGAGCUUUUGGCGGUGUCGUUUCAUUUCCGACGCGCAUGCGUUUUUUUCUCUUUUUGUUUUGGAGCUGAGAGAAUUCGUUUUCUCGUUGUUUUUUUUUUCUCUCUCUCUCUCACUCUAAAAUUAUUAUUAUCGGUUUUUAGAUGAAAAAAAAAAACAAUUAAAUCGAGAGAGAGAGAGAAAUAUAAGUUUAGCUGACAUAUGGAUCGUUAUGUACAUAUUAUUACAUAACCGGAGAUCUGAACUUUUGUUGUGUGCCUUUUUUUUUGCGACUUGGUUUCACCAUGUUGUUCCUCGUUUUGAGUUUUUUUUUGUUCUUCCUAAUUUUCAGUUAAUAUAAUUUGGCAAUCUUCAAAAUAA